AUGUAUACCGUCGUGCAAUUCAUCGAGAACCAGAAAUUCAAGGUAAUGGCUGUACCUGCAGCAUGGGUAAAGAGAAAUGUUUUGCUUUGGCCAAAACUUUCCAAUGCAAAAAUCGAGAGCCUAAGGCUUGCUGGACAUGAAUUCAAUGGACCCACGAAGAAGAUUCCAGUCAUAGUAUGCAAUAGCUUCAAAAAUAUCCAACUAGCUGAAGAAGCUGCCGAGGAACUCUCCAAACGUGAAGUCUCCGACAUCGAUAAUAAGCGGAAGCGGCUAAAACCUGCCAAAAAACCGAAGGCACUGGCUCCAAAGGAUUAUAAUAAGAUGAUACAAGGUACAUCACCUGAACAAACAGUGUUGGGUGACGGAACGGGUUAUUUACAGGACGAAAAUAUGUUUUAUCAGUAUGCAGACGAGAACAACACAUCAGCCUUACAAAUAACAGGGUCGAUGAGCUACGAGCAAAUGAAAGCAGAUCUUAAAGUGUUCAUCGAAACGACUGUCACAAAAUCUGUCGAGAAAGCUUUUGAAACUAACUUCGCGCGUUAUGCUGCUCUGUCUGAUAUUGAAGCAAGGGAGAACUCCGCCAAGUCCGAAGAUGGCAUCGUCGAAAAUCACACGCUCAUAAAUAACGAGGAUGAGCUCAGCAAAUGGAACAUCAAGCUGAAUAGCAGACACCUACGUCAACGCUUUUUGGAAUAUUUCUCAAAAAUCAUAAUUCCAAACGCAUACAUCCAGAAAGGCGACAAUGCAUGUUAUACUGUAGUUGAUUGUCUUUUCACACGUGAUUUUUGGACAAAGAUGACAUGGACAGGAAUCAGCCGGGGCAAUAAGGCUAAGAGAGGCUUCCGUGAAUACGGUAAUGUCAUUCAAUUAUUGGGCGAUAUAGUGCGAAUUGGUGAUCCGUCGUACACAGCACAGAAAUUAGAGCUGUUCUGCCGAAAUAAACUCUUUCGUUACUGUAAACCACGAUCUACGUGCCAGAAACUUCGGAAAUCGGCAUGCAGACCGAAACGCUCUCGCAAAGCAGCUGCAAUAUCUGCAGGUGAUGGACACAAUACAGACCACGAAGAUCCACCUUCAUCUGAUGAUGAUGAACGAAUGGUUGGAGAUGAAAGCAACUUUGAGUCUGAUGACGAAGAAUGUGAUGGAAAUACUUCGAUGGAUUCAGAUUAA